AUGCACCGUCUCCAUUUUGACGAGCGUGAUCCUGGCCAGGAUAGGCGCCCAUACCUUGACGAGCUCAUCGCAAAAGCAAGGGCUGACCCACUAACAGUACUGGCUGCAACUGAUGGCUCUGUCCCUCAGUCCAACCAGUAUCAGGCGACUUCGGCUGCCAUCAUCUACAAGGGACACCGCGAGCUCGAAAGGACUCGUUAUGUCUCUGGCAGAGUUACCGCCCCAGAUGCGGAACUCAAUGCCAUCUCGUGUGCAGUGCGCCUUGCUGUCAAGCAGGCAAACUGCCAACAUAUUAUGGUCUUUACUGACUCUAUGGGCUCGGCCCAUAGAGCGGUCGACCCCUCUGAGUGGUUCGAGGUGGAUGACCUCUGCCGCAUCACCUUUGUCUACGUUCCCUCCACGCUGCGGUGGGAUAUCCAUGGUGAAGCACACAAAUACGUCACCGAGCUCAAAGUCAGAGUUGGACGUCGUAAGACGGACAACUCCAUAGACGCGCUUCGCUCUCGAGCUGCGCACUCAGUCUUGGAUUCGUGGAGUUCCACUUUCCAAAAUCCAACCUACCGAGGCUCUGAAUUCUUAGAGCUUCAACAGCCUGACGGGCGGCCGCUACAGCCAUCGUACCUCAAUGGGGGACCUUGGCUCUCAACCUUCGGACACAGUAUUACUGAGUUCGCUCGCGUUUGCCGGUGCAUAACUGGCCACGCGCCCAUUGGAGCGUAUUACCGUCGCUUCAAGAUCAACGAGCCUCAUGGCUGCACUUGCGGGGCUGCUUUGCAGUCCCGCCAGCAUAUCCUCUUUCGCUGUCGCGAUAGAUAUUCUGUACACUAUCCCCGUUUUCUCGGGGAUAUUGCAUCGUUUAUGAAGUACAACCCUACGGCGUUUGGCUUCAACCGGGACCCGUCGGGUGUCGGAUAA